AUGGAUGACCUGAACGGCCUCAGUUGGAGCUCCAACAGCCCUAGCGAUGUCCCCAAGCCUCCGCCGAUGGGCUCCAGUUAUCUGUUUCCAGCCGCGAGACCCCAAAACGCCUCAGGCCGAUCUACUCCCCUCUCCGCCUCCUCCAGAUUAUCGAACCCCCCUUCGAAGCCUGCCACUCCCAGCGGCGACAGUUUCGCAAACCUAGUAUCCUUUGGGUCCUCGAAUACGACCAGGAAUCUUCCUCUUAUUGAACAACAAAAAAGAUUACAAGAGGAGAAGGCCAGGAAAGAAGCAGAGAACCGCGCACGUCUGGAAGCGCAAUAUGGAGGGCAGAACGCUCAGUUCUGGGACGACUUGGAGAAAGGAGGGAGCAACAAUCCGUUUGCCUCUAGUACAGCACCUUCGCGAAACAACACGGCCUCUCCGGACGAGGACGAUCUUCUCGCCGCCUUCAACGCCUCAGCACCCGUAGAUGCAUCCACCCACUUUCCAGUUCCGAGCCCCAGCCCUUCCCUGAAGGUACCUACAAGCGAGGCACAAAGCGCCAACAAACCGAGUACUUUACCACCGAGAAAUGAUAUGUCUUUCAAUGAUGACGACGAUCCGUUUGGUCUCAAUCAGCUGAAGCCCAAAUCUCAGCCUGCUCCUCUGCUAUCUCAAAACGACGACGAUGACUUCCUGGGCUUGCUAGGCAAGCCCGUUUCCGAGCUUCCACCGCCAGCCCCUCCAAAGGAUUCCCUUCGAGCUGACAGCCCAGACCGUGCUUCGCCUAAACCAACGAACGGGAUGGAUCGUGCCAUCGCGGAACUCGUCGACAUGGGCUUCCCCGCGGACAAAGCUAGCCAGGCUCUUAGAAUGACUUCGUCUGGUACUGAUGUGCCGGCUGCCGUUAGUAUCCUCCUCACCCAGGCGCAUGAAGAGUCCCGGCAAAAAUCCCAGAACAGAUCAGCUCCCAUUGAUCGCCGUUCCGAUCAGUCUGCGCAGAGACCAGAUCGAGAUAUGCCUUCCUGGAUGCAGCCUGAGCGCUCGCACACACCCAAAAGCCGUAAUGAAUCCCGUUCGCCUUCUUCUACGGACAUGGAUCCGUCACAGAUUGCUGCCAAUCUCGGCACCAGUUUCCUGAAGACAGCAAAUUCACUUUGGAAAACCGGCAGCAAGAAGAUGCAGCAAGUAGUCAACGAACUCAACUCCGAUCACGAUCCGAGUCAGCCGAAAUGGAUGCGAGAGGCUUCUAAUUCUGAAGCUGUUCCUAGGGGACGCGCUCAACAGCCAGCCCGCAAUGAUCUGACGGACGAGGCUCUUUUGCUCGAAUCAGGCGGUCCACCGCGGCCCCGCCGUAACCCUACACGUGUCGACGAGGGGCCAGCUCCUCGUGCAGGGAGCGAUUCUCGGCGACAAGAAAGUGGCGAGAGGCGUAUGCAACAGCCUGCCUUCAUGCGGCAACAGUCUACAUCAGAGCCCAGAGAUGUAAAGUCACGGUUGUCAAGAUUUGCAGCUGAAGAGCAGUCCGCACAGGCAUACGUUAGUCCAGCGCGAAGGAAACGGCCAGUUGCUCAAUCGUCAGCCCAGCAAGCCUCCAGUCCGGGCACUGAUUUGUUCAACUCUUCAGUUCAACAAAGUGCCGCGAAGGCAAACCCCCCGCGGCAACCGCCGUCUACUUCUCUGCCUACGCGGCCAAAGGCUCCGCCUCGAGUUAUACCCCAGGUUUCACAAAGUGCCCUUGCAACUGCACAUGCUCAGCGGGAAAAGGCAGCCGAAGCCUACAAGAGAGGCGACUACGCGGUUGCUCAUGAGGCAUUCACAAAUGCCCUUACAGCUCUACCUGACAAGCAUCCUAUUGUGAUCAUCAUCCGCAGUAAUCGUGCGAUGACCGCUCUGAAGAUCGGCGAACCAAAAAUAGCAAUCAGCGACGCAGACUCCAUCUUAGAACUGGUUGGCCCUGCAAAAGGCGAAACAGAAAGCAUCGAUCUCUGUAAUGGCGAGCCCCAUAAGCCAAUGAAGGAUUUCUACGGUAAGGCCUUGGUACGCAAAGCAGAGGCCUUGGAGCAGUUAGAGAAAUGGGCGGACGCCGCACAGAUAUGGAAGUUGGCUGUGGAGAACGGUCAUGGGGGAAGCACGAGUAUCCAAGGCCGCAACCGCUGCGAAAAGGCCGCAGGUAUCAGCAAGCCCGCACCGAAGCCAACAGCUCCUUCACGACGACCCGCGGCCCCGGCGCCCAAGAAGAAAACAUCCGCCCUUGACGACCUCCAGGGUGCGCCGUCUGCAAGCAAAUCAGCAUCGUCCUUCGAGGCCGUGAACCGUCUCCGGGAAGCUAAUCAGGCUGCUGAACGUAGCGACGAGGAGAAGUUUGCUCUGACAGAGAGCGUUGAUGCACGUCUGGCAGCGUGGAAGAGCGGCAAACAAGACAACCUUCGUGCACUCCUGGGCAGUCUGGACACAGUCUUGUGGCCUGAGGCCAAUUGGAAGAAAAUUAACAUGUCCGAGCUAAUCAUGCCGAACAAAGUCAAGAUCCAGUACAUGAAGGGUAUUGCCAAAGUGCAUCCUGAUAAGAUACCAACUGAUGCCACAACAGAACAGCGCAUGAUAGCCGGUGCUGUGUUCGGCGUGCUAAACGAAGCCUGGGAUAAGUUCAAGGCCGAGAAUAAUCUUUAA